AUGGUGCGCAGCAGCCGUAGACGUAAUUUUAACAAUAAGAAGCCGAGAGAGACGAGAACCUGGGAUGAUUCGAAUCGUGGAAGCUAUCGGGACGUUGUGAAGGAAAAUGAGAAGUAUUGGACAUAUUAUAAAGAGCAAAAUGUGUUUCCGAUUGAUCAAUUCGAAGAGUUCAAAGCCGCUCUUCAACGAGAUCUUCCGGUUUCAUUCAGAUUCCAGGGAUGUCAUAAGGAUCGCGAGCAAUUGAUGCACGAAAUGGAGGGUCGGUUCUUUGGCAAAAUCGGCGAGUCGGACGACACUGCGGUGUGUGUUCCGAAGGCAUUGGAUUGGUACAAAGAAGCAUAUCAAACUCCGAUGUCUCGUACAGCUGUCAGAAGCCAUCCGAUCCUUGCGCAGCUUCACAACUUUCUCGUGACUGAAGCCGAACUGGGAAAUUUGUCGCGUCAAGAGGCUGUCAGUAUGAUUCCGCCUCUCCUACUUUCGCCUACAAGCGAGCAUACGGUACUGGACUUGUGUGCUGCGCCUGGAAGCAAAACGACGCAACUUCUCGAGAUGUUGCAUGAAAAUGAUCCAAAUCCAAAAGGAAUGGUUAUUGCUAACGAUGUCGAUAUGAAGCGGUGCUACAUGCUGAUUCAUCAUACAUUGAAAAGAUUCAGAACUGCUGCUUGUGCUAUCACUUGUGAAGAUGCCGCCAGAUUUCCAGAUGUAAUCGAUGAGACUGGUGAAGUAAUGCGAUUCGAUCGUGUUCUUGCUGACGUCAUCUGUAGCGGUGACGGAACUCUUCGCAAGAAUCCCGAAAUUUGGAAGAAAUGGACUCCGCAAGAUGCUCUGGGCCUUCAUCGAAUGCAAAUCGCAAUCGCUCGCAAAGGAGCCCAACAGCUGAAAAUUGGCGGUAGAAUGGUGUAUUCGACAUGCUCGAUGAAUCCGAUUGAGGAUGAGGCGGUCGUAGCGCAGCUGUUGCGUGAAGCCAAGGGUGCGUUGAAACUCGUCGACACCACCCAAUUGUUGCCGGGAUUGAAACGAGAAAAAGGUGUUACUGAAUGGAAAGUGUACGAUCGAGACAUGAGGCUAUUCACAAGUGUUGCCGAUGUGGAGGAAGAGAAAAUGAAGAAGGUCAUUGUGCAAUCACUAUUCCCCCCGACUGCUGAAGAAGCUAAAGAGAUGAACCUUCAUUUCACAAUGCGAAUCACACCACAUCUUCAAGAUACUGGAGGAUUCUUUGUCGCUCUUUUCGAAAAAGUCAAGGAAACGGAAUUCGAUGGAAAUGCUGCCAAUGGUCCUGCUUGGAAAAAGAAGAAAAUGUUCAAGGACGAACCAUUUUCGUUUUUAAAGAAAGAUGAUGAGAGAUGGAAUGAUAUCAAAUCAUUCUAUGGAGUUGACCAAUCGUUCAAUUAUGAAAAUUUGUUCAGUCGGCGUUUGGAAACGAAUGAUGCUGAUAGUAGGCAAUUGUUCUUUGCGAAUGAUGCUGUUAAAAGUUUUGUGAAAAACAACAUGAAUAAAAUAUCAGUUCAAAACGCUGGAAUGAAGAUUUUCAGUCGAACUGAGGGAAAAGUUGAAAGCACUCGAUUUCGACUUUCCCAAGAAGGAAUUCGAUAUCUUUUCAAGUUUAUGAAUAAGCAAAAGGUGAAAAUUUCGAAGGAAGAUAUGCUGUAUAUCCUGAAAUCUGAUGAGAAAUUGGUGCCGACGGAGAAGUUGGCGUGUAAAGAUGACAUCAGGAAACAGCAAAAUGGCACAGUUGUCGUGUAUUGCGAAGAAGAUGAGCCAGUAUGUACAUGGGUAAGUAAAAAUCUUUGGAAUAUUUCGAAAUAUGUUGGAUAUCACACUGUCGCGCCAUAUGUUAGCAAAGAAGAACGACUACAUUUGUUGAGAAUGAUGGGUGUUGACUGUGCCGAAAUUGAGCAAUUGAUGAAGAGCAAACGAAAAGAUAAAGCUGCUCAAGAUCGCGAAGCAGCAUGGGCGGCACAAGAAUCGGCGAAAUUGGAAGGGAAAACUGAAGAAGGUUCGGGAACGUCUGGAGCGGUGGAAACGGAGAAUUGA